AUGGGCAACACCCCUUCUAAAGGCCCGGCCGGUGACACGCCGCCGGGCCAUGCAGCCGGCUCAACAGGUGAGAGAAAGGUCGUUCGCCGACCGUCUCUCAACACAGUAUCGACAUCCAAGGCCACCGCCGCCGACCCCUCCGCAUCUCGAGAGAACGCCGCCGGAUAUUCGGCUACAUACCAAGGAUCUGUCCAACAUCGGCUCCAAUCCCGAAACCCCCCAGAAUCGCCGACCAAAACCAGCAGCAGGCCAGAGAAACAAGAUGCGAGAAGAGCUGAGCCUGCGCAGAGCAAGGAUAUUCCCUCCCCAGACCCCUCCAACCCGGUGCAGGUGCCGAUUUCGCGCAAGGUCGCGGGGCGCGAUCCCGUGGCACCUUCGGCCCCGCCGCUCAACUCGUACUAUAAUGCGCCGACUCAUUUGCAACGGCCUCCGCGCAUGCCAUUGCCGAUUGGCGAUGCCACCACCACGCCCGGGUCGCCGAUCAUCGGCCCCGAAGACUCGCACAUCCAGUCCCUCCCGGCAGACCGCGUCCUGGACGAACAGAUGGGUCAGGAUACCUCUGCACUGAGCAAUACGACACUGGAAGGGGAUGAGCUAGUAGAUGAGCUCCAGCCAUAUACGGUCAGUGGGGUGGGUAAGGCGGUGCCCACGACAAUUGAAUGGACGGGGCCAGGGCAGAAGGUCUAUGUCACGGGAACCUUUGUCAACUGGGAGAAGAAGUUCCGUCUACACCGAAGCGAGAACGGGACUGUCAUGUCUGCGAGGUUGAAUCUCCGGCCGGGAACGCAUCACCUGAAAUUCAUCGUUGAUGGUGAGAUGCGAGCGGCUGAUAGCUUGCCGACUGCCGUGGAUUUUACCAACCACCUAGUCAAUUAUAUCGAAAUCAGCGCCGAUGAUGCUCGGAGGGAACAUGACAAAACGUCCCACCCGGCGUCAGGCGAUGCCGAGGACGAUCCUCCGAGGAAAGAUGAAUCCGAGGAAGAGGUGCCGCCCGGGGAUUUCGGUAGUGCCAUUCCGCAAUUCCUCGCUGAUCUGGACAAAGAGGAAGAAAGUCCGGCGUAUUCGCAGGCGGCCAAUGUCAUCGGUGACACACCCACUCCCCCCAGUCUGCCGCUGUUUCUGGGUAAAUCUAUUCUCAAUGGCACCACUCCCAUGAAAGACGAUAGCAGCGUUCUCAAUUAUCCGAACCACACGGUUCUCAACCACCUUGCCACGAGUAGCAUAAAGAACGGUGUCCUCGCCACCAGUGUUACCACCCGAUACAAGCGAAAGUAUGUCACGACUAUCUUGUACAAACCCACUGGCGACAUUACAGAGUAA